GCGAUUGAGAGGAUUCACACGAUAAACAUCUACAGCUUACAUAACAACAACGACAAUAACAGCAACAACAAAAACAGCGGCGGCAGCAGAAGCGGCGGCGGCGGCGGCAGAGUCAAUAAUUUGUAAAACAUCAAACCAUCCAUAAGCCGACCGCACUCAUUUUCCUAUUAUCGACUCUCUCAUCAUCGCACACCAUGACCUCUUCCCCCUCCUCCCCCUCCUCCACGGCCUCAUCUGAGGGCCUCACCCCCUCGCAACUGGCCGACUUCCACCGCGACGGCUACCUCAUCAUCCCGGACGCCCUCCCGCCGUCCACGGUCAGCGCCCUCCUCGCCGAGGCCAACCGGCUCCUCGACAGCCUCGACCUGUCCACGCACCCGCUCACGCGCUUCCGCACCGGCGGCGAGGACGGGACCGAGCACGUCGGGGACGACUACUUCCUCGGCUCGGGAGACAAGAUCCGCUUCUUCCUCGAGGAGGACGCGUUCGACGGCGAGGGGCGGCUGGUCCGGCCCAAGCACCGCGCCGUCAACAAGAUCGGCCACUACCUGCACGCGCUCUCGCCGCCCUUCGCCGCCCUCCUGUCGGCCUCGCCCUCGGACCCGCGCGGCUUCGUGCCGGGCCUGCGCGCCCGCCCGCCCGCCGUCGCCCGCGACCUCGGCUUCGCCGACCCGCGCGUGCUCCAGAGCAUGGUCAUCUGCAAGAACCCCGAGAUCGGCGGCGCCGUGCCCCCGCACCAGGACUCGACCUUCCUCUACACCGACCCCCCCAGCGCCGUCGGCUUCUGGUACGCGCUCGAGGACGCCACGGUCGAGAACGGCUGCCUGAGCUUCCUGCCCGGCUCCCACCGCUGGGCCCCGGUCGAGAAGCGGCUGGUGCGGAAGCCGGGCGGCGGCACCGAGAUGGUGGCCAACCGAGAAGGGGCCAAGUUCCCCCGCGGCGAAGGCUACGGCGAGGAACUCGGGGCCGGCCGGCCGCGGGGCGACGGCGACGGCGACUAUGUGCCCGGCGAGGUCAAGGCCGGCUCGCUGGUGCUGAUCCACGGCAAUCUGCUGCACAAGAGCGAGCGGAACCUGAGCCAGAAGGGGAGGAUGAUUUAUACCUUCCACAUCAUCGAAGGUGCCGAGGGAUUCCGGUACGAUGAGAGAAACUGGCUCCAGCCACCAGAGGAAGGAUUCACGAGGUUAUAUGUAUGAAAAUGAGCCUAUAUGUAUGCGGAGAGAAAACCCCGGAAGGGGGGGGGGGCCUAAUUAGUUCCCCAAGUGCAAAUGGACACUAAACCGUCUUAA